CUGAUGUAUGGUUUAGUCAAGUUUGGACGGAUUCCCGGCUGGCAUACAAGUACUGUAUGGCUAAAUUAUCGAGUACAGGUAUCUGCUCCGUGUAGUUUUGAACUGUCACGGUUUCCUAUAGAUGCGCAGGAAUGCACAUUAGUAUUUGAGUCUUACUCGUACAAUAUAGCAGAGACACCCAAAAAUAUCAACGGCUUGGUGAGAGCUGAAUGAGA